GACCCAAAUCGAUUAGUUUGAUUUGGAAAGAGUUGUGUUAUUAGGGUUUUUGUUGUUUUUGAUCCCAGAAACAGAGUCUUUGUUUUCACCAAAUUAGCCACACUUGGAGGAGGGUACCAACAGAGGAAACAAGGAAGAAGAAAGGAAAUGGGAAGAGGAAGAGUGGAGCUGAAGAGGAUAGAGAACAAGAUAAACAGGCAAGUCACAUUUGCAAAGAGAAGAAAUGGGCUUUUGAAGAAGGCUUAUGAGCUGUCUGUUCUUUGUGAUGCGGAGGUUGCUCUUAUCAUCUUCUCCAAUCGUGGCAAGCUCUAUGAGUUCUGCAGCACUUCCAACAUGCUCAAAACCCUUGAGAGGUACCAGAAAUGCAGCUAUGGAGCUGUGGAGGUCACCAAACCUGCCAAAGAACUCGAGUUUUUGCAGAGUAGCUAUAGAGAAUACUUGAAGCUCAAGGCUAGGUUUGAGUCUCUUCAAACAACUCAGCGAAAUCUUCUUGGUGAGGACUUGGGUCCAUUGAACUCAAAAGAGCUUGAGCAGCUGGAGCGUCAGCUGGAGUCUUCUUUGAAGCAAGUUAGGUCCACUAAGACUCAGUACAUGCUGGACCAGCUAUCUGAUCUACAGAACAAGGAACAAAUGCUGAUUGAAACCAACAGAGCUCUGCAGAUCAAGUUGGAAGAAAUAAGUUCAAGAAAUAACAUAAGGCUAACAUGGGAAGCUGGAGACCAAAGCAUGUCAUAUGCUCCACAAGAUGCCCAAACUCAAGGCUUCUUUCAGGCACUGGAUUGCAAUCCCACUUUGCAAAUUGGGUACACUUCUGCAGUGUCGGACCAAAUUACAGCCACCACUGCCCCAACUCAUGCCCAACAAGUCAAUGGCUUCCUCCCUGGUUGGAUGCUUUGAAAUCCAUAACUACCUCUUUUUUUUUUUUUCCUUUCCUUUUUGCAAUAUGCUACCAACACUUUGCAAAAUUGUUAAUAAGCAUUAUAUUUUACUUUUAUUUUAGAACUUCAAAACAAAAUUCUAUAAUUUGCAAGACUUGUAUAUCCAGAAUCUAUCAUAUUUACAUGGAUCUUUUCCCGACUUUGAGACGCUAUGAA